CAACAAUGGAACCUUCAAUCAGAUACAGCGGUUCCAAUAUUAAUUCAUAUUGCAGUGAACAGUUACCGUUCCAUAAUCGCAAGGUUACCGUCGCUCCAAGUAUGGUUGCUGCAGCCCCAACUUGAAAUCCACUUUGAUAUUCACCGCCGGUACCCGCUUUUGCUCUCUGGAACCUGGAGGGUAUAAUACGAUAACUUCAACGCUGUUGGCCCAACCAACUCUUGGUUAAUGCCCAGCUCAUGGAUUCCCUCUUCACGCUUUACAUCGUUGGUGGUAUCUUCGCCGCUCUGGUAGUAGCAUGUUCGUUCAGUUUUCUUCAGCGUCCAAGCCUCGGCCACAUCCCGGUCGUAGGCCACUCAAGUUUAUUAGCAUCGUACUGGUUCGGAAAGGGACUUGAAGUUGACCAUGAUCGGUUUGUGCAAGAGGGAUACGACAAAUACAAGUCUGGAGUGUUUAAGGUCGCUAACUUGACUCAUUGGAUUGUCUGUUUGCGCCGCAACCACCUCGAGUAUGUGGCAAGGGCUUCUGAGGAUCUCCUUUCGGCUGGCCAGGCAGCAGAGAACUUGUUGAAAAUAGAUUAUACGUUCGGCUUGAAGAUCAGCGACGACUAUCAUGUAUCCCUUGUUCAAUCAACCCUUACUCGCAACCUUUCAGUUCUAUAUGGAGAUUUAAGGGACGAGAUUGUUGCUGCAUGCAACGAAUCCUUUAACGCAACGCACAACGAAUGGAAGACUAUCUCAGUAGUACAUGUCACUCUCCAGAUUGCGAGUAGGGCAAGCAAUCGGAUAUUUGUUGGCCCCCCUCUUUGCCGUGACCCCGACUGGCUCGAUUUGAAUAUAAAUCUUCCUCAUGCAAUUGUGGAAGAAACAAGAAUUUUGAGGUUCUUUCCUAGUUUUAUGUUACCAAUCGCAGCAAAGUUUUUCACCAAUCUCUCCGGACGGACCAGUCGGGGGGUUGCUUUGCUUGGUCCGGUAAUUAAGGAACGCCUGCAUCAUAUGGAAGCAGAGGGCACCAAUUGGUGUGAUAAACCGAAUGAUUUCUUGCAGUGGUGCUUGGAUACUAAGCGGGAGACUUCGUUAACCUCACUGACCCAGCGUAUGAUUCUUAUUAAUUUUGGUGGCAUUCACACAACCUCAAGCGUUUUCUCCCAGGCGCUCUUAAAUCUUGCAGCAAAUCCUCGACAUGCACAGGCACUCCGAGAUGAGGUCGAAGUAGUUGUUAGCAAGCAUGGGUGGACGAAAGAGGCUCUUUCGAAGAUGCGAAAAGUCGACAGUUUUUUGAAGGAGACCCUACGUUUUGGGGGCAUUUCACUUCUGGGUCCUUUGCGACAAGCAAUGAGUGACAUAAUGCUCAGUGAUGGAGCCUUCAUCCCUCGAGGGACCCUUUUAGCCUUCCCAGCGUACGCCAUACAUCACGAUGGCGCAAUGUAUGAAAACUCAGAUGUGUUUGAACCAUUUCGAUUCGCCGACAUGCAACACGGAGAGUCUGAAGGUUCUGGGCAUCAGAUGGUCACUAUAUCUCCUGGUCUGUUGACAUUUGGCUUGGGAAAACACGCAUGCCCUGGUCGGUUUUUUGCGGCUACCGUGCUCAAAACUAUGUUAGCCCAUGUUGUCUUGUCGUAUGAUGUCAAGCGGGGAAGUGAUGAAUCUGUCCCAAGCACCCUGCGCGUGGGGGAUGCUGUGGUGCCCAACCCGAUGGCUAAGGUCAUGAUCCGGGUAAGGGUCAAUUGAGUGCCAUUUACCUGGGCGCAAAGAUUGUUGGUUAGCUUGUUGUCAUAUGUAUUGUUGUAUUUCAGCUCGCUUUGGUGCUUCCCUCACUGUUUCCAAGCUUCGCCUUACACUCUGAAUUUACUUUUCUCUGAGACUGUAGUACCAGGGUUUUAGAGAUGUUCUAUACUUCAAGUUUCGGUAGGAUAUGCGCAAUGUUCUGUGCAGAUAGCGAUCGUUGUUAGAUAGGUGGUUCAUCGAUGACUGCGUUAGGUUUUUUGUGAAGAACUAGGCGGCUGAUCAGCCCUGUCAAGUGUCAGCACCCUUUCGGCGACGUGAAAACUCCAG